AGCUAAUCUGAAUCUGGAGGGAAAAUCUCGACGGCAUAUGCAUAUGUAACUCUACCACUGGAAUAUAAUAGUUGCCUCGUGGACACAUUCAUCGCGUCUCCCUGUAUAGCUUCCCAAAGCUUGAAAGGGCAGCAAUUUUCGUUUGGGUAUCUACCAAUCCCCGUUGGACGAUCCUAGAGCUACCUUGCUCAAAUCACAAUCCCUGACCGCGACUGACAAAACACUUCGACUGUUGAUCACAACUCGACGCACGCGUGCGAUAUUUACAAUGGGUCUCUUCGGGAUGGCUCUGAGUUAUCUGCUCUUCUCAGUCCUGCACUUCUUCCAAUUUGUGCUGGCAGUCACGGUCUGCGGCCUUUAUGGCUUUGACCUUGACCGCGCCCGCAAAGCUGGCGUCAAGGCGGACGGCAAAUGGGUCUUUGCUGAAGUGGUCGCCGGUCUCUCUGCGCUGACCUCUCUCCUAUACUUUGUCCCCUUCAUCCUCCGAUUCGCGGCGACGUCGAUCUGGAGCUGUAUCAUCCUGAUCUUGUGGAUUGCCCUCUUCGGCCUGUUCGGCAACAUGUAUAUCAAGGAGGACCCCGAAGGCAACAAGGAUAUCCAACGGAUGAAGAAUGCUGUCUGGGUUGAUCUCGCCAACAUGAUUCUCUGGUUCAUCGGCACCGUUGCGGGAGCUGCCUACUGGUGGAGUCACAAGGAGAGAAGCAGCCGGUUUACGGGCCGGGCUCGGCUGGGUCGCAAUGCCUCUACCCGCUUUGGCUGGAAAGCUUAGGCGGUUUCUGGCUCGAGAGACUUGAAAAGGAAAGAGAAGUCGACAACAAGGAUAAGGUUGAAUAAUGAGUACAUUGACAGUGAUGACGAUGCCACGAGCGGGGCAAGAGAAGGAAUGAGCGCUGAGUUUGGCGUUAUGCAUGAUACCAUUAUUGGACUCGGGUACUUCUUUUUUGAUACGAUUGACGGACGCAUGGAUACUACUAUACUUUACAAGACGUUUAUCCCUUCUUGAUUCAAAGUAUCGCGUCUGAUAACACCGCUGAUUUACACUUUUUUUAACUCGUCGCUAGUAAUGAAUACACAUGUUGGUAUAAACAAGUAGGGGUAUGUUGUAAGUCCAGUUUGAGGAGCAUGCGUCAAGUCUACACCGUUGGUAAAGCGUAUAAUACACACUGAAAAGCAUUACGAG